UGAGGGUUUGGGGUGGAGGAGAAUGUUGGGGGGUGGGAGGCGCUGAUUUCACCCUUUGCUUUGGGCCAAUGGGGUAUGGUCAUCACAGCUGGCCAAUGUGGGCCCAGGCUUGUAGGACAAGCUCCUAUAAGAAGAGGUCGAAUGGCAGCAGCCUUUACACCUCACUCUGAAGCUGCCAGCUUCAACAACCUCUUUUUACAUCAGUCUGAGGUUACUACUUCAUUUCAACCUCUUUUCUCAGAGGGUACUACCUUCAACAAGCUCUUUUUACAGGUUAGCUAAUUUUCUCUCCAAGAGAUUACCAACGUUCCAGUUUUUCCUCCAAAACUCCCCUGGCCUAAGAAUGGAUGUUUUCUGCCCAACCCAAGCCUUCUGUGCCUCUUCUCCUGAGGCUCUGGAGUUUGGUCAUUCAGGUGAACUUGCUGGAUCUGAGGAAGACGAGCACAUUCGAGCUCCUGGGGGCCUCCAUCAGCCUGGCCAUUGCCUUCAGUGGGCCUGCAAAGCCUGCAAGCGCAAAGCCAGCAGUGUAGACCGUCGCAGAGCGGCCACCAUGCGGGAGAGGCGCAGGCUGAAGAAGGUCAACCACGCCUUUGAGGCGCUCCGAAGAUGCACCUCGGCCAACCCCAGCCAACGGCUGCCCAAGGUGGAAAUCCUGAGGAACGCCAUCCAGUACAUCGAGAGCCUGCAGGAGCUGCUGAGGGAGCAAGUGGCGGAAUACUACAGCCUGCCCACAGAGAGCAGCUCCGAACCACCCAGUCCAUCGUCUACGUGCUCUGACAGCAUGACAGACUGCAGCAGUCCCGUCUGGUCUCAGAUGAAUUUGAACCCCAGCAGCUCGUAUAGCUACAACGCCCAAAGCAUUUGUGGGAUGGAAAGGGCCGUCGGAGCGUCCAGUCUGCAGUGUUUGUCCAGUAUUGUGGACAGGCUUUCCUCAGUGGACGCUGGGAUUGCUUCUGGAAUGAGGAACAUGGAGGCCCUUUCACCAACACACAGCGAUUCCCAGUCCAGCACUCCAGACAGUCCAGGCAACAGACCCAUCUAUCACAUCCUGUGAAAGCAAGAGCACGAGAAAGAGAGAGCGAGAGAGAGAGAGAGACACUCCAGGACACCACAUGAUCCUAACAAUCACCAUGCGAAUAUAAUGUUGGCAUUUAUAUACACUCUUCUCAUGGCUGUUGCUGUUGUACACUCUACAUAAAAUCUUUCAUGUAGGACAAUCUCAGUAAAAAAAAUGUUCUGGCUAAGUAAAAGGCAAACCUAGUCAUAUGCAAAUGUUUGGGCGCCCCGGCUGAAAAUAAGUUAACAUACCCUCUACAGAGAACACACUUCUGCACAUUUUAAAGCACACUUACUAUGUGCUGAAUUUGACAUUUGGAAAACGAAACCAAAUGUGGCCUGUGUUAUGGCACAUUUUAUGUUUUAUUUUUUUGGAAUAUGUUCAACUCAGCGUUGAAAUUGUGCACCACAAUGUGCACAAACAUGCCAUAUUUAAGUGUGUUCUCUGUAGAGCAUGUGUAAAUUUAUUUUCACUAAGAAAAUUCAGCACAACAGGUCAUUUUACCAGAGGUGUUCAAACUUUUGUUUGUGACUGUACAUCAGCCUUAUUUUGUCAUUAUGCCUUGCUUGCACAGUGACAUUUCCAGUAAGUUUUAAAUGAAGGGCUAAUAUAGAGACAGUAAAGUGAACGUUGCCCUGUGUUGUAAAUAAGUUUUGUAAAUACUGUAUGUAUGUUAAUUUACCAUUACUGCAUUCAGUUAAAGUCAUUGUAUCAUAUUUAAAUUCUUUUCCUUUUUUGACUGUGUCUCAAGUAUGAGUAGUCAAAGAACUGUAUUUAAUAAUCACUUUAAACAAGGAAAUAAAAGUUGUUUUUAAAAA